UCAUUUCAAGUGGUUUUGAUUUCCAGAGGGACUCUUUCCUUUAUGUUGAUAAAUUACGGUCCCAUUGAUUCAACAACCCACAAAGUGCAGGCUGGAUAUGAUACCUUCAAACACAGCUUUGAGAUCACGUCAACCAACAGUAAUGUUUCAAAGCUCAGCAGCACAAGCAAUGUGAAUGUCCCUGGGCGCUGGGCCUUCUUGGUAAACCAAGGAAGCAGUUACACCACUACCAGCGAUCUGAAUAUCAAGGUUUCUGAAGCUUGCAAGGCUAAUGCCAGCCAGGAGUGUACAAAAACACUCCUGAGUAAGAUUGACAACAUCACUACUGAAGUGUUAUCAAAGGAAGUUGUGGAGGACAAAUUGAAGUUCCUUACUACUCAACAAAACAGUUUGCUUGUUGGAAAAACAAACCAAGAUGAACUAAUAUCCUCUUUCAAUAAUGUACUGAGAGCCACAGACAAACUGAUGUCUACUUUGGUGAAGAAAGUAGAGACCAAUUCUUCUGUUAGCAUCUCCCUUGAAACUUUAGAGGCUCGAGUUACUGAAGUUGGACCAAGUUGUUCCAUGAUGGAAAUCCCUCAGCUUGACACAUCAGAAAAUAAAAUGGAUAUUGAUCUCAUUGGAAUUUCUAAAAGCGAGAUGAAUCAAGGGCACGCAGCUGUAGCGUUCAUAAGCUACACCAACAUGUCGAAUUCCAGCCUGUUCAGUACAACUAUCAGCACAAUGAAACUUCUAUCCACUGUGGUUUCAGCCACACUCCCCAGAACCAGAAACACAAGCCUCACCAAACCAGUCAACUUCACCCUGAAGCACACUGCAGAGUUUAAUCUCAGUGGUACCCCCUCCUGUGUCUACUGGAAAGAAACUGACUGGGUCACAGACGGCUGUACACUAAUAGAGACCAACAGCACUCAUUCUGUCUGCUCCUGUGAUCACCUGUCAACCUUCGCUCUCAUCAUGCAGACCAAACCAUCUGAGAAUGACCAUCAUUUGGACGUGUUCAGCAUGGUGGCUGAGACACUGGGGCUGGUGUUCUUGGUGUUGACUCUAUUGACCUUUGCCCUCUGUCGAAAGAACCCGAGAGUGAUCAACACGGCCCGGAUCCAACUGUGUAUAAGCCUGUUGUUGGCCCACUUCCUCUUCCUGCUCACACAAAUAUUACUGAAGAGCAAAUCUUUACAGCCUCACAAGUUGGCGUGUGCGGUGAUGGCAGGCGUUCUGCACUUCCUCUUCCUCUCUGCUUUUGUGUGGAUGUUCAUUGAGGCACUGAUGCUCUUCAUCGCUGUAAAGAACCUGUCACGUCCCAAAUCAAAGCAGAGGAAUUUUCUUAACUGGAAGCUUUUAACUGUGGUUGGGUACAUGAUCGCUCUGUUUGUGGUGGGUGUGUCUGCUGCAGUGGUACCUGAAGGAUAUGGCAGUGAACAAUGCUGGCUUAAGCAGGACAAAGACUUAAAGUGGAGUUUUCUGGGUCCUGUUUCUUUUAUUCUUGCAUCCAAUACAAUUCUCUUCAGUUUGAUUGCUUUCAGCCUGGGAUAUUCUCUGGCUCACCUGAACAGUCAAGUUUCACAAAUAAAACAAACCAGGACUGUUUUCUUUAAAACCAUGGCUCAGUUUGUCAUCCUCGGUUGCCCCUGGGUUCUGGGUUUCUUCACCGCCGACAGUAAGGCUCUGGAGAUUAUUUUUGUGAUCCUCAUCUCUCAGCAGGGCACCUUCAUCUUCAUCGUCCACUGUGUCCUCAGUAAUGAGGUAAAGCAAAAGUACAGAAACCUGCUGGGUGGUUUUCAGGUUAAUUUCUCUCCAACCAUUAUCACUGAAACCAGCACCACACAAGGAUGAAGUCCUGAUCUACGUGGCAGUCGACACACUGACUAUGACAAUAUUACUGCAGAGUCCAAUUGGAUAAAGGUUUAAGUUCUCCAAUGUAUUUUCUCAAAACAGUCUCACUCUUAUACAAAUAUGAAAAGGUGCAUUUUCUGUGGGAAUGUUAUGCUGUUUUUAUGUGGUGUUACAACAGAAAAUACAACAUAUUUUAUUUUUAUAUAAUUUACACAUUUAGUUUUUAUCGUAUUGAUUUUGGCAUCGUUUUUCUGUUAGUGACUAAUGGUUGACUUUCCCUGUAUGAAUCCUAAUUUUAUACAUAUCCUGUAAGGCACAGUUUUGUUAUCAAUGUUCAGAAAAAAGUUGUGAGAAUGUGUUGAAUUGAACUAGAAAAUGAUUAUUAUAAAUGAUUUUUUUACCUGUAUUGUAUUGAAAAUAAUAGA